UUUCUAGCCCCCCACUCCCCGAAAGUCCCAUAAGCCCCCUUCAUAUGCAUUCUUUAUGCAAACCUGCCGGGAGGGGCACAAGAAGAAGCAACCAGAUGCUUCUGUCAGCUUCUCGGAGUUCUCCAAGAAGCGCUCAGAGAGGUGGAAGAUCAUGUCUGCUAAAGAAAAGGGGAAAUUUGAAGAUAUAGCAAAGGUUGACAAAGCUCAUUAUGAAAGAGUUAUAAAAACCUACAUCCCCCCCAAAGGGGAGACCAAAAAGAAGUUCAAGGACCCCAAUGCACCCAAGGGGCCUUCUUCGGCCUUCUUCUCGUUCUGUUCUGAGCACUGCCCCAAAAUCAAAGACGAGCAUCCAGGCUUAUCCAUUGGUGAUGAUACAAAGAAACUAGGAGAGAUGUGGAACAACACUGCAGCAGAUGACAAGCGGCCCUACGAGAAGAAGGCUGCUAAGCUGAAGGAGAAGGGUAAAAAGGAUAUUACUGCCUACAGAGCUAAAAGAAAAACUGAUGCAGCACAAAAGGGGGGUAGCCAAGGCUGA